AUGCGUUUCUCCGCUGUUCUCCUUGCUGCCCUCUCCGCCGUCACUGUCGGCUACGCCCAGACCGCCAGCGGCACUGGUGACCUGACCUUCUACGCCCCGGGUCUCGGGUCCUGCGGUCACACCAACACCGAUGCCGACUUUGUUGUCGCCAUCGACACCGCGACCAUCACCAGCUUCCCUGGUGCCACGGCGAACCCCAACCUGAACCCGAUGUGCGGUCGCCAGAUCUCGAUCACCGUGCCAGGUGCAGCUGGACCGGUGAUGGCCACCGUCGUCGACACCUGCUUCGGGUGCGCGCGCGGCAGCAUCGAUGUUUCCCCCGCUGUCUUCCAGCAGGUCGCCGCACUCAGCGUUGGCCGCAUCAGCGGCGUCUCCUGGACGCUCGUCUAA